AUGAGAAUUUCCGAGAGUCCUCUGACUGAUCGAAGCGCAUCCGAACCUCCUGAGAUCCAACUCGAUCUUGAGAAAGAAUAUGCCAUCGAGCAACUCUCACUUCUUCCCACUCCUCCUCCUCGCUCUCGCAGCAUUGCCCCAUCAGGCUUUCAGGAAGUCGUUGCAGAAGAGCCUGAACUACCAAAGCCUCGAUUCCAAGAUUGCGCAUACUAUAAACUACCCCCUGAAAUCAGAAGACUUAUUCUGCGACUUUCUUUUGGUGGUCGGCGCCUUCACAUAGACUUCGUGUACAAUCAUCCGGACAUGUCCUCUGAACUCAUCACAUCAUUGACUGAGAAUCACUGCGGCAUUGCCAACGCGGACUUCGAGGAUGGUAGAUCCAGGGUCAUCGACGAUAACAAGCCAAGAUCCUGGCAUUGGUGGGGAUCUGUUUGCCAUAGACUCCCGCCAAAUCUCGAGACGGGGCAAACAGGUCCGAUGACCCAUGGAGGACCUGAUGGACCUUGGGCUGAUACUUGUCGCAUCGGCGAAGCUAAACAUUGUCAAUCAUGGCCGGGUUCAAUGCCUUACAAAUGCCACAUUGGUGUUAUGGGAUGGCUUUUGUCUUGUCGCCAGAAUUAUGCCGAAGCUAUCGACGUGCUUUAUUCUACAAACACUAUCAUUAUGGCCAGCGAAGUAAUGAUAAUGUACCUGUCAAAACUUCUAUUGGCGCAACGUCUCCUGACCAUCACUUCACUGGAGAUCAGUUCGAUCUUGAAGAUACAGCUAGUGGGCGAAACCAGAGAUGCCGUUGACUCGCCUAGUCUAGCUGCAAUGUUGGAAACUAUUUCCACAAACUUUCCUCAAUUACGCCGCUUCUAUCUUUCCCUCGAGGAGCCAAAGCAGUGGUGUCAUUGGAUGCCGCGCAUCUGUGUCACAAUUUGUCCACUACCAGACAGUUUUGCCCAGCGUAUGCAAUCACUAAAAGAACAUGCUGUUGCGUUGCCAAACAGACCAUUCGACGACCUAUUCAGAAUGGUUGGAGGAAGUAAGAUCUGCUGUGCUUGGAGGAGAAACGUUAUCAAGUCGUACUACCAAAUUUGGAGACCACUUUCGGGCGACAUGGAGAUUAUUCGUCUCCCAUAUGUUGACAGCUACCCAGAUAGUCCCUACCAUAUUGCUUCUGACAGUUCUGGUCCGCCGGGCUAUUGGAUUCUCAAUGGAACCAAUGGUUGGAAGGAGAAGAUUGUAUACGUCCGCCCGGUAGCACCUCCUGUGAUGGAUAACAGUACAAGCUUAUCUCUGGAAGGCUGGGAUAAAGAUGAGAUCGCGACAUUAUUUUCAUGGCCAGACCCUUGUGAUGAUCAAUAUUUUAACGCCAAUCUAUUUUAA